CGACUGCCAAUCCUUCUAGGGUGCAAAUUAAAAUCAUUAGAGUCCGAAAAACUCGGCCCCGCAGAAUACUAAUUAAGAAAUGCUGUUCAUCUUUUCUUCAUCGGUGCAAUGUAACAACAAUGGCAAUAACUCAACCCGACACAAAAUCAACUGCAGAAUCACGUACAACUAAUGCCAUUCAAUUAUCUUCCUCUGUUCAAGACACAAUUCCACCAACCAUUCCCGAAGAAAGAACGACAGCAGGCGUGGUGGAAGAGGUCACCACGCUUUCGUCUGGAGCCGAUACUCUACAAUCAGAGCCUUUAACUUUUCAAAAAUUAACAACAGCUACAACUACCAAUGGUGUUGAAUCCUCAACAGAUCCAACCAAAAUUCUACAAACAACUCUUGGGCUGGCAUCUACUGAUACUACCACCACAGUAGAAUCCGUAGAAUCCAUCGUAACAACAGCCAACACUCAAACGCCAAGUGUGGCAUUGCCGACAGCCCCAUCAGUUGAAUUGCAAUCAACUACAAAAGUGGCGACGACGCUAACAACAACCCUUAAUAUGAUAUCCACCGCGACAGCCACUAGAACGACAACAAAAACCCCUAUGACAUCAUCCACGGUGACGGCCACGACUAUAAUAUCGAAAACAACCAAUACGCCGACUACAACUACGACAGCCACUGUAAUGUCAAUAACAACUACGACAACGACGACGACAACAACUACAACAGUGCCACCAUGCAUACCUUUCACCUGCAAACCAGACGCUGCGAAACUUGACGCAAAAGGACUGGUGGCAUCAAACGCGGUGACCAACGGAGUUUUAAGACCUGCAUGCGAUCGUCUUUACCUGUUCAGCACAGAUAAAAAAGCAUGGGCCGACGCGGCGAGCCAAUGUUGCACUUAUGGUAUGUCAUUAAUUACUGUAGAAUCGUGGCAACGUCUCUCUUGCAUUUCCGACCUGAUGAAUAGUGGCGAUGGCUUCGGACUGGCGGGGGAGUAUCUGACUUCCUUGAGUGAUUACCAGAAAGAAGGUUCGUACGUUUGGUGCAACGGAAACAACACGGUGCUUGGGAACCUGACGUGGAACACUGGCGAACCGAGCGGACAAGAGGAAGAUUGUGGAUCAGUCAAAAUCGGGCCUGGUCCAUUGAAAAGCAACGUCAUCAAUGAUGUUAACUGUGCCUCCACUGUAAAUUAUAUCUGCGAAGUGCCUGUAACAACAACAACCAAGCCACCUUGCCUCAACUACACGUGCGAGAAAAAGGCCACUUAUCUCGACACAAACGACUUCAUCGACCCAUCUAAGCCUAUCGAAGGAAAAUUACGACUUGCGUGUGAUAGAAUGUAUUUCUUUAGUGACACUCAGAAAAACUGGCAGGAAGCCGCUUCAGAAUGCUGUUCGCGUAACAUGCAGCUGUUGAGCAUUGAAGACGCGAGGGAAAUUAUGUGCUUGGGCACAAUGCUAGCCAGAUCAAAUUAUGGCGGAUUUGGUGGCACGUGGUGGACGGCGGGCAGUGACGAGUUCCACGAAGGCCACUUUACCUGGUGCACGGCAAACACGGCAAAGAAUGUAUCCUCGGAUUUUAAAUUUGGUGCAGGCGAGCCUAACAACGCGGGCGGAAAUGAAAAUUGCAUAGAGAUGGUCGUGGGUGGAGGCACGCCACCAGCAAAUAUUUAUUUUAAUGAUAGACCGUGUGUCACCUACCGCGCCAAAUAUGUUUGCGAGACUUUCUCUCCGUCUUGUCCCUUCCCUCAAUGUCCGACGUCUGUUCCUUGUCAAACUGACGCUGCAAAACUCGAAAACUCCAAAAAGUGGAAAAGCAACUCCGACGGCGUAUUUAGAUCAGCCUGCGGCUCUCAGUAUUUCAUUUCCAAGGUAGGAAAAAGCAGAAAUGAUGCCGAGACUGAAUGUUGCAAGUACGGCAUGAAGCUGAUGAGCAUAGAGUCAUUUCAAGAAUUGGCAUGCAUUGCUGAUAUGAACAAAGCCGAGUUCAAGAACACCGGCGACCGUUUUUGGACUUCUGGAGUUAAUGCAGGAUUUGGUUGCGAAUUUAAACAUGGAUUUUGCGGCACUAAAUCACUGCUGUAUCAAAAUUUUUCCAAUUGGUUCCCAAACGAACCAUCGAGCCCUCUAGACGAGCGUUGCGUCGAAGUGAAGCUGGAAUAUGACCCGAAAUUGAUAUACAUCAAUGACCUCUCGUGCACUGAAUCAAGAUAUUUCAUAUGCGAGGGAAACCAACCGGAAUGCGCUCCUACAUGCCCUAGCAAAUCAACAUGUGUCAAAGACAAUUCUCUUUUUAACUUGAAAGGAGAGCUUUUGAACACAGCAAGCUAUGGACGAUGGGCCACUGGAAGUGAAAAGACUUAUCUUUAUGCCACUAGUAACAAGUUAUCUUGGACAAACGCCUACAUUAUGUGUUGCAAAUUAGGAAUGGAUUUAGUUUCCGUGGAAACCGAUUCGGAAAUGAAGGCCAUCUUCGACCUGAAUAAUAAUGAUGCGUUGCUUAAGUACAAUACCGAGUUUUGGACGAGUGGAACCCAACUAGAUUGCAAUUUUCACUACACAUACUGCUCCUCCGGCACCACUUUCUACAGAAACGACACUAAAUGGAAAUCUGGCGAGCCAAACAAUAUAAACGAACAGCAGUGGUGCGUGCUUUCUCAUUUCGGACCCUCAGCUACGUACGGCAUAAGUCAAGCAUGGCUAGCAGAUGAAACUUGCACCGAUUCGCUUGGUUACAUUUGCGAGAUGCCCUCAAAACCAUGCACUUCAGCAACGUGCUACGAUUAUGACUGCGCUCCUGCGAAAGCUAGCCAAGUGACAGCAAUGACGGGGCCUGAUGGGAAGUUUCAAACGUUUUGUGGGAAAAAAUACUUCUACCAUAAGGAUACGAAAAAUUAUAAAGACGCCUUUUAUGAAUGUUGCAAAUUCGGGAUGAAACUCGUUUCCGUCGAGACGAACGCAGAGCGUGAAUGCAUUCACAACGGAUUCAAAUCUGCUGGAUGGGGAACUGGUGCCGUGUGGACUUCAGGCACCUUUGAUGGAAUUGGUUGUGUUCGCUCUGCCGGCUGGUGUCCAGACGGAACAUUGAUUAGCAAGGAUAUUCCUUGGGGAUCAGGGGAGCCCAAUUUUCCCUAUGUUGAAAGCUGCGUGAAUCUCUACGUCAAUGGUGGAGAUGCUGCGACUACUUUUCUCAAUGACCUGGGAUGUGGUGUCGCUAUUCGUUUUCUUUGCGAAGCAUAAAUUCUUUAUUAUAAGUUUGAUAGUUGAAAUUAAUGCUUAGAAAUUAUAUUCGAAGCCAAAACUAGCAACUUAUGUCGUUUCAGAUUGUUUGAUGGGUCAAAAAAUAAAAAUAAACUAAAAUCAUUUAUCUACAUAGAACUCUGGUUAAUUGUCAUAUUAGACAGAUUUUUUAAUAAUUUUAACUAACUUUGACAAAAAUUGCAAUGCAACACGAUACCUUUUUAUUUAUGUAACACAGGUGUGUCAUCAAAUAAAAAAAAUAUUUGGGAUUCUUUAAAACCAAAUAAGCCAUUGAGGCAUAUUAUAUAAUAUGGUUGCUUUCUCACUGCAGCCUUAAUAUUUGUCACAUGGUUAAGAUAUUUUCUAGGGAUGUGUAUGAAAGUAUGAUAAUUAAAGUUCAAUACUUAUUCAACCCCUAA